AUGUUUCUGGUAGAGCAAGGUGCGAAUCUGCAUAUACAGAACCAAGGCGGUUUCACUCUUGUACACUCCGCUGCUAGCAAUGGCAUGGUGGACGUCCUCAAAGCCGUGCUGGCGCGAGGACUUGACAUCAACGCGUUGGAUUGGAAUUGGCGAUGGUCUGCUCUGCAUCGUGCCUCAUCCGUGGGAGAUAUGCAUAUGGCAGAAACACUAUUAGCACUUGGUGCAGAUGUCCAGGUGCGUAACAAGGCUGGUGUCAAGUUUUUAUGCUUUGCUCGGACGGAACCAAUGAUGAGGCUUCUCAUGGCGCAUGGGGCGGACGUUAACUAUUAUUCAAAUAAGAGCAAAGUGACACAAUUGCAUACAUUAGCCUUUUCCAAUCCAUUCGGCGACAAAGAGAGGCAUUUCAUUGAAUUUCUUCUCAAGCUGGGAGCCGAUGUAGACGCUUUGGCGGAGGACGGCAAGACACCACUAAGGUUUGCUGCUACCGCUGCACAACCUGACGCUAUGCAGUUACUUUUAGCAGCCGGCGCGGACCCUAACAAGCGUGACUAUAAUGGCUGGACGCCGCUUAUGCAUGUGUGCCAGUACAGCCGCGAUAUCAACAGAAUUCGACUUUUGCUCGAGGCUGGCGCCAAUCCGAAUGCUUCGUCAAUGACUUGGAUUUCAGGGGGGUCGGCGCCAAUCUCACCACUCUUGAUUGUAGCUCGAUUCCCAGACCGCGCAUGCAACAAAUCUGAGGCUAUGAAGUUGUUACUCGAAGCAGGUGCAGAUAUGCGGCACGAAGCGAAUCGACUGUACGAAUAUAAAAAGGCACAGAUAAAGCUAGUGUUGCGUGGCAUUGGCUAUACGGUAGCGUAACGAGGCCUGCUAAUUUAGGCAAGCAGUCUGAAUAGAACCAAAAUAGACUUUAUAAAAGAAUGCCAAGGUGCAUACAACAACCUGAUUCAUGGUUCCAAGGUAGGCUAAGCCCAGA